AUGCUAAGCGGCUGUCUUCAUAGCAGGUCAUUUGCCACGCUACGGGAGAUCGGCCCCUCGGUGUGGCGACUGGGUGCCGGCCGAGAGCGGCCGAGAGCAGCUGUGCUGGGGGGCGUGCAUGGAAAUGAGCUGAGUGGAGUGGAGGUGGUGAACACGCUGGUCUCAGAGCUGGCCAGCAAGGACAUAGACGUGAACGGCGAGGUCACGUUUAUCAUUGGCAAUCCUGCCGCAGUGUCCAGAGGAAGCCGGUUUAUCGACUACGACCUGAACCGCUGCUUCCAAGACGACAAGUUGUGCGAUGUGACCACCGCGGGCGCAACUCUCUCUGGGAUUGAAUGGGAAAGAGCACAGCAGUUGGCUCCUUUUCUUCGGGGCUUGGAUGUCCUCUUGGACUUGCACUCCACGAACAAGCCGUCAUCGCCCUUCGUGCGUCUUCCAGGUCCAGAGCAGGGGCGGCGAGCGCGGUUUGCCUCCGCGGAGGAGCUGUUUCUGCGAGCUUUGCCCCCUGCUUGCGACACUGUGCUGUGGGACCCUGACGGGCUGAUUGCAGCUGGCGGUAUGACCGACGAGUAUGCGCUGAGACACUCGGAGGGCUUGCGGCAAGCGCAGGUGUGCUAUGAGUCAGGGCUCGCAUCCGACCGCAGCAGCGUUGAGACCACCCGCCGUGCCGUGCGGCACUGCCUUGAGCAGCUGGGCCUACUGCCAGGCCCACAGGGCACGAAGCCGUUGGAGCCGCUGGAGCCGCAGCGACAGUGGCGCCACUUCCAGAUCACCGAGGUCUUCUUUUUGGACGCCCGCGGCUUCGAGUGGCAAAACGGCCACGGGGCCCGCAACUUCCAGCGGGUGCCAAGAGGGGAGGUCUAUGGGCGACGCCUCCAGGGCGCGGAGGAGCUGAGGGCUGAGAGGGAGUCUUUCAUGGUGUUCCCCAAGGUCCGUAACCUUUGGGCGCUCGGCCGGCCGCUGGGCUGGCUGGCCAAACAGCUGGAAGUACUUUGA